AUGCCGGUCCAGCAGCACAUCCUGAACUGGCUCUACAGCGUCCUCACCAGUGUAUGUCCCUCCCUCUUCGCCGAGUGUCGCAUCGUGAUUGUCAAACUCCUUCUAACACUCUGCUCUCUGUCUCUCCCUCGACAGGAAUACCACGAUGUGAACCGCACCUACAACGACGUCGCCCAGGCGCUCUCACAGUACCCCUCCCUGUCGCCGAGGACAGAUGUCCACACAUUCCCCAACGGCGCCUCCGCCCUGCUCCUCCACCUCUCCGGCACGAUCCCCGUCCUCUUCCGCGGCACGACCUACCGCUUCCCCGUCUCGCUAUGGAUACCACACGCAUACCCUCGCGAGGCACCCCUCGUCUACGUCACGCCCACCGAGACCAUGAUGGUGCGGCCAGGACAGCACGUCGACCCUCAGGGACAGGUAUACCACCCGUAUCUUGUCGGCUGGGCCGAGUUCUGGGAUAAAUCAAGCCUGCUCGACUUCAUCGCCAUCCUCCGCGACAUCUUCGCCAAGGAACCCCCGGUGAUAUCACGCCAAGGCGCACGAUCCACGACCCCGGCACAGCAGCAGCCGCAACAGCAGGUAGCAUCGCCGCCUCCCGUCCCUCCGCUGCCGCCAGACAUGGCGCCUCCGCACACAGCCGCGAGCACACACUCGCCAGCUCCGGACCCGUCACGGCCGCCGCCUCCACCCCCCAAGCCUCACGAGCAUCCGGCGCAAGGGCAGCAGACGGGACCUCCGUUACCGCCGCAUCCAGGUCGGCCCGCCAGUCAGUACGGCGCCGGCAUGCCCCCGCAACAGCAGCAGACACCGCCCCGCCAGUCCCGGUAUGACUCGGCACCUCCUCUACCUCCCCAAGAGCUUCCGACCGGGGCCUACCAACAAACGACGAGACCGCCUCCUCCGCCGCAGGUAGCAGACCCAAGAUAUCAAUCUCCUCCUCCAGCCCAGUACCCCUACCAACAGGGCCCUCCACCACCUCAGCAACCGCCAUACACCUCCCCCGAUCCCAGACGGAUCUCCUCCUUCCCGCCACCAACGCAAUACAACAGCCCUCCGCCCCAACAACAAUGGCAACAAGCGCAACAGCCCCCUCCGCACGCCUUCCAAUCACAACCGCAACCACAUCCCAAACCCCCACCGCCGCCAGACAUCAUGGACGAGCCCCUCACGCUCUCCAUCCCCUCGCCGUCGUCGGCCGCCGUCCCCGCGCCGCCGAUCCCGCCGAACCCGGAGAAGGAUGCCCUGCUGCACCAGCUCGCGCAGACGCUGCACUCGAUGCGCGAGCACAGCCGCCAGCAGAACGAGUCGUCGCUCGCGGGGCUCCAGGCCCAGCGCACGGCCAUGCUCAACGCCCUGGCCGCCAUGCAGGCCGAGGCCUCGGGGCUCACGCAGCUGUCGGCCCUCGUGCAGGCCAACACUUCGGCCCUGCACGAGGCGCUGCGCCGCGCCGACGGCGUCAUCGAGGACUCGGCGCGCCGGCCCGCGCCGGGAAUCGACGAGCUGCUCGUCGCGCCGACGGUCGUGGCCAACCAGCUGUACGACCUCGUCGCCGAGGAGCGGGCGCUGGCCGAUGCCGUGUUCGUGCUGGGCAGGGCGGUCGAGAGGGGCCGGGUGAGCCCCGCCGUGUUCGCCAAGAUGACGCGGAGCCUGGCGCGCGAGUGGUAUCUCAAGAAGGCGCUUGUGCGCAAGGUUGGGAGGGGGAUGGGGCUUGCUGCUUGGUGA